GUAGUUUUCUACUUGUUAUGUGUCAAACUUAAAAAUACACAUUGCAAAAUGUUGUCUAAAAAAAUAUGUUUUAUUGUUUAAUUAAAUAGUCUAUAACAUCAAGUGAAAUGCGCAUAUAGUUGCUUCGUCAGAUAGUACCACUUCCUCAAGUUCCUGACCAGUCAUGAGUGCCCUGUCAAUCCUUGCCGAGGAGUGUGAAUUACUCAAUGACAGCAAGUACCGUUCCUACAUCACCCAGGUCGAGAAAGCACUCAAGAGUUUUGACUCGACGAGUGAAUGGGCAGAUCUGAUAUCAGCACUUGGAAAACUUAAUAAGGUGUUGCUUGCCCAUGUGCGGUACCCUGUGAUUCCCAAGCGGGUGACUAUAGGCAAGAGACUGGCCCAGUGUCUGCAUCCCGCCCUUCCCAGCGGUGUACACAUGAAGGCCCUGGAGACGUAUGACAUCAUCUUCAAAUGCAUAGGCACCGACCGGCUUGCCCAGGACCUGUUCAUCUACAGCGCAGGACUGUUCCCGCUGCUCAGUUACUCUGCCAUGAAUGUGAAGCCAGUGCUGCUCCUGAUAUAUGAGCACCACUUUGUGACGCUGGGGCGCAGGAUCAAACCCGGCCUCAAUGGACUGCUACUGGGCCUGUUACCAGGUCUCGAGGAAGGCUCAGAGUUCUAUGACCAGACUGAUGCCCUGUUGCUAGACUUCUGUGAGUGCACAGACCCCCCAUACUUCUACACCUGUCUCUGGGAGUGCGUACACAGCUGUCCGUCCGUCCGUCUGGCGGCCAUCACCUUCCUCAUGGCCCACUACAACAAGAAACAGACCAUGGAGGACCAGCUGCACAUGGUCGGCCUCAACAUCAGCCUCAUGAUUGAGGCGCUGUGCAGUGCAGUACAGGACAGCAGUGUGCUGGUACAGAGAAGUAUGCUGGACUUCCUGUUGGUGGCCUUCCCCCUGCACAACCGCCAACUGACCCACGCGGACAUGGCGCGUGUUGUCCUGGCCACCAUCACUGUACUUCUCAGGAGGGACAUGUCCCUCAACAGGAGGUUCUAUGCCUGGUUGCUGGGCAGCAACACUACGCUGGUGCAAGUUCAGGAAGCAAGAUCCAAGGGAGACGUCUCAGAGUCUCCAUCAGGCGAGAUGACCUACUUUGAGCGGUAUUCCCGGGACCUCCUGGUGCAGGCAUUGAGACAGCUACUGGUGGAGAAGCCCGGGGGAUCUGACACAGUAUCUGCUCGCUCAGCCGUCCUAAAACCCUUCAGAAUCCUCAUCAGCCUGCUGGACAAACCAGAGAUCGGUCCAGUAAUCCUAGAAAGUGUGCUGCUGUCUAUAUUCAGAUGCUUGUGUAGAGAAUAUGACAUUUCUAAAUCAAGCAAAGUCUCUGCUUUUGUAAAACAAGCCUUGAAGAAAGAUGACAGCUAUUAUGAAGAACUCUUGAAAACAGCCAACCUACUGUUUGGAACUUUUGAGCCGUACUUCAUCUGGGACUAUGCCUCGAGAAAGUUCCAGGAGGCGUGUGCAGGGAGCCAUGAGGGGUUUGUGGGGAACCAGGAGGCAUGUAUAGGGAGCCAGGAUGGGUGUGCAGGGAGCCAGAGGUCCCUCAGGAAGAUAUCCGGUUCCCAGUCCAUGUCUGAGCCCCAGGAGUCAGCUGAUAUAGACGAGCUGUGUACACUGGUGGCCUAUCUGCUGGACAUCGUAUCCCUGGAGACGUUCAGUGAGACCCAGACAGAGCAUCUUCCCCACCUCCUGUGCAGUCUGAUCACAAGUCUGACCCGCCACUGCUCCCACCUCCCGGACGCUCACAUCCUCCGUAUGCUGCGACUCUGCUCUAAGAUCCUCUCCAAGGUUCAGCCAACCGUGACGGUGUCAGGGUCACAUGACCAUUCAGCUGACACGUCAUGUGACGCCAGUAUGCUAGAGCAGGUGGAGGUACUAACUGUGUAGCUUUAUGUGAGCCUCUUUCUAUCAAAACUGGGUUUGCACAGGCUAAUCAGGGACAACACUUUCCACUAAAACUGGAUUUUUGCUAUGAAGACACUUUCUUUAAAUGCAAAAUUACAUAAAAGCAAACAGUGUUUUCUCUGAUAAGACUGUGCAGACUGCACAGGCUAAUCCCAAUUUUAAAAGAAUGAGGCACAUGUUUUCUGUGGCUUGCUUUGUGUUACUUGUUGUGCAUUCAGAAAAUCAGUGUUAAUACUUACAAAGUAAUGCAGAGUUUUUAAGAGGGCCUUCAUACUGUAAAAUCAUUGUUAUUCUUGGGACUUAAAUUGAGUCGUGUUC